AUGGAUCAUCUGACGGCGCUCUUCCAGGAGAUGUUGCGACAAGGAGAAGUCCCCAGGGUUUCAAGGACGCCACAGUCGUGCACCUCUAUAAGCAGAAAGGUAACCGCCAAAUCUGCAACAACCACCGAAGCAUUUCCCUGCUAAACAUCGCUGGGAAGAUCCUCGCUCUCAUCCUCCUCAAUUGCCUGAACCACCAUCUGGAAUAGGGUCUCCUACCGGAACGUCACAGGAUCCGCGUCGCCUACAGGACGUACGGUCAACUGCUCAACCACCGGCGGAUACAUUUUCAAUCGCCUUUCUCCACAACCACCGUCCACAAACCUCUCUUCGCUGAUGUCUGCGCCCUCAAUGCAACUACUGAAGGAGACAUGCAAAGGAGCAUGUGUCUCUUCUCUGCUGCCUGCAUCAAUUUCAGCCUGGUCAUCCGCACGGAGUAUACGGUGUUCAUGCACCAACCGCCACCCAAAACUUCCCAGAAUGCGCUGCAAAUCAGCGUGAACGGAAACCAACUGCAAGUGGUGGACAACUUCACGUAUCUGGGCAGCACCGCCUCCCGCAGCACCAAAAUCUACGAUGAAGCGGCCCGCCGGACUUCCAAGGCCACUUAA